AUGGCUUCUCCCAAGCUCCUCCUCCUCCUGCUCGCCACCACGCUCCUGAGCUGCGGCCUCCUGGUGGCCGCCGACUACGCCCCAAUGACCCUCACCGUGGUGAACAACUGCCCCUACCCGGUGUGGCCGGGCAUCCAGGCCAACUCCGGCCACGACGUCCUGGAGGGCGGUGGCUUCUUCCUCCCGCCGCUCUCCCACAAGUCCUUCCCGGCGCCGGCCCACCCCUGGUCGGGCCGCAUCUGGGCGCGCACGGGCUGCGCGGGCGCCGGCGCGCAGCUCCACUGCGCCACGGGCGACUGCGGCGGGCGGCUGCAGUGCGGCGGGCUCGGCGGCGCGGCGCCCGCGACGCUGGCGCAGGUGAACCUCCACCACGGCGGCAACGGCAAGGACCAGACCUCGUACGGGGUGAGCAUGGUGGACGGCUUCAACGUGGGCUUGUCCGUGACCCCGCACGAGGGCCGGGGCAACUGCCCCGUCCUCGCCUGCCGCAAGAACCUCACCGAGACCUGCCCCGGCGAGCUGCAGCUGCGGUCCCCGUCGGGGAGCGUCCUCGCGUGCAAGAGCGGCUGCGAGGCCUUCCGCACCGACGAGCUGUGCUGCCGCAACAUGUACAACAGCCCGCGCACCUGCCGCUCGUCCAAGUACUCGGAGUUCUUCAAGCGCGAGUGCCCGCAGGCCUUCACCUACGCGCACGACAGCCCCUCCCUCACCCACGAGUGCGCCGCGCCGCGCGAGCUCAAGGUCAUCUUCUGCCACUAG